CUGGUUGCCAUGGAGACAUCUAGCCGCAGACUGACUGAUCCCAAUCAGCAUGUCUUCCAAAGUUUCCCCCUCAGGCUCCAAAGUCAAGGACCAGCAGGUAAGCCGGCCACCACCGCCGGCCCGGCCGCCGCAUGAGCAACAGCCACUCCCAGAGGCCAAUGAUGAAGCCAUCAACUUUCUUAACUCCUUCCGGGUGGAGGAACUGCUGCUGUUCUUCCCCGAGACGCUGGCCGUCGUCUCAGACACAGGGGUGCCGCAGGGAGAGCUGACCAUCGAUGUGCAGCGAGGGAAGUACAGAGAUGACCAGGGCAUCUUGACCCACUGUGUGGUGGUUCACGCCUCCAGCCGAGGCUACGUAGAUAAAUCACUGUGUGGAAGCUCCCUCCUAGGCUACCUAACCAAUAAACUGGAGCUAAUGGAGCAACACAGCCAGGAAUUCAUCAAGUUCCCCGUCCUCCCCAUGGAACGGAAGAUGAGCAUUCUGAAGCAGGAUGACCAGCUGGUUGUGACCAGAAGUGUCAAGGAGGGUGAGGAAACGAAGACUGGAGUCUCUGUUUUCCCCUGCCAAUCACUUAACGGCUUUGUUUCCAAUACGGCCAACCUGGUGCUUCUGAGGGUGAUGGCUUGGCGGCAGUCGGUCCCCAGCGGUGCUCGCUUCCUGGCCUUGGACGCGGAGGGCAGACUGUGCCACUGCACCUAUCAAUCCCUGGGCUUCCAGACAAUCCAAGUGGGCCACCAGCAGGCUGAAAUGUUCAUUGUGGAGCAAACCGUCCACUCUGAAGAGGGCAUCCCUUUCUCCUGCCAGUUCUACCUGCUCUCUGACGGGCACCUGGCUAAGAGAGUCCAGGUGGGCUCUCCAGGGUGCUGUAUCAUCACCAAGAUGCCACUCUUGAGGGAAGUGGAUGUGAUUGAGCCUCCGCCCCAGUUUGAUAAGAAGCCCCUGGUGUGGGAGGAAGACCUGGAGCUAUACUCGAAAUUCCUGAACCAGAAGGAGCAGCUCCGCCUCAGCCACACCAGCUAUCUGCGGCAGCACCCCGAGGCCGAAGCGCUGGUCUCCGACUUCCUGCUCUUCCUGCUCAUCCGCCGGCCCGAGGACGUGGUCACCUUCGCCGCCGAGCACUUCGGGCCCUACGCCAUGCUGCGCCCGUCCAUCCCUGCCUUGCGCUCCUCACACCGACCCAGCCCUUUCCGCUCGCCGGACUCCGACGAGGAGGAAGAGGAGGAGGAGGAGGAGGAAGAGGAGGAGGAGGAGGAGGAAGAGGAGGAGGAGGAAUACGAGGAGGAGGAGGAAGAGGAGGAGGAAGAGGAGGAGGAAGAGGAGGAGGAUGAGGAGUACCUGUACGCUGACGAUGACGACUAUGACUAUGAUGAAGACAACGAGGAUGAUGAGGACAACGAGGAUGUCGACGACAACGUCAACGACGAAGAAAGCGACGUCAGAGACGAUGACGAAGUCGGCUACAAGGUCGACGAUGACAACGACGAAGCCGGGGAGGAAAAUGUCAACCUCGAUGGCAAGGAUGAGUUGUUGUUCCAGAGUUUGGAUCUGGAAAAGGACUAGGCAGAUGGCUGGGAGCCAGAGACCGGGGACUGGCCGGGUCGGGUAUCCCGGCUGCGGGUUCCGCAGCAGGGUCCUUUCCCCAGGGCUGCUCCGCCAGCCAGCGGGGACGACUGCCUCUGGCCAGCAGCGCCUCCUGUCAAAAAUGCCAAGCUUUAACUCCGUUUACCCGGCGAGUUUCAGCCUUUCUUCCUAGAUGUUAUGUUCACAGUUACAACCGUUCCGGAGAAAAGAAAUAGUAAGGCCUGUAGUCAGAGGUGGUGGCUCACACCUGUAACCAGCACUCAGGAGGCUGACACAGGAAAGCCGCUGUGCGUUCAAGCUAGGGCCACACAGCAAGACCCUGCCUCAAAAUUCAAUUCAGUUAAUAAGUAAGAGGCGGUGAGGCCGGGCAGUGGUGGCGCACGCCUUUAAUCCCGGCACUCGGGAGGCAGAGGCAGGCGGAUCUCUGUGAGUUCGAGGCCAGCCUGGGCUACCGAGUGAGUCCCAGGAC